AUGUCUCUCAAAACAGCUCCCCUAGGCAAAAAUGGUCCUCAAGUAAAUCGCCUUGGCUUCGGCCUUAUGGGUCUCUCCGUCUUUUACGGCAAGCCCAAGCCCGACUCCGAACGUCUCGCCCUUCUCGACGCCGCGUAUGAGAUGGGGGAACGUUUCUGGGACACGGCUGACAUGUACGGUGACAACGAAGAUCUUCUAGGCAAAUGGUUCAAAGCCAACCCCAAGAAGCGCGAGCACAUCUUCCUCGCUACAAAGUUCGCCAAUCGGAAAAUGGACGAUGGAUCUUUCAAGAUUGAUUCAACACCGGAAUACGCCAAACAAGCUUGCUACAAGAGUCUGGAGAGACUGGGCCUGCCAAACGUGGAUUUGUACUACGUGCACCGUCUGGAUAGAGUGACGCCUAUUGAGAAGACGGUCCGAGCGAUGGUGGAAUUAAAGAACGAGGGUAAGUUCAAGCAUUUAGGGAUUAGCGAGUGCAGCGCCGAAUCUCUCCGCCGCGCGCACGCCGUGCAUCCUAUUACGGCCGUGCAAGUCGAAUAUCACCCGUUCGCAUUGGACAUAGAAUCGGAGCAGAUCGACCUGUUGCGCACUGCGCGCGAGCUUGGCGUUGCCAUUGUUGCCUACUCACCACUGAGCCGUGGAAUGUUCACAGGGGCUUAUAAGUCUCCUGAUGACUUCGAAGAGGGCGACUUCCGUAAGAAGGCACCGCGCUUCUCGAAGGAGAACUUCCCGAAAAACUUGAAGCUUGUUGACCAAUUUGCUGAGCUCGCGAAUAAGAAGGGUGUUGCGACAGGGCAAUUGGUGCUCGCUUGGGAACUCGCGCAGGGUGAAGAUGUCUUUCCUAUCCCAGGCACUCAGAGGUUAGAGAGGCUUAAGGAGAAUGUGGAUGCGUUGAAAGUGACUUUAAGCAAAGAGGAAGAGCAGGAGCUGCGGAAGGUCAUGAACGCUGCGGAUGUUGCGGGUAACAGGUACAUGGACUCUUACAUGUCACUCACCUAUGCAGACACCCCGCCACUGUAG